AUGGUGACUUUUAUGUGUUAUCACUGCGACCGAACUCUAACUAAACCUCAAGUCGACAAGCAUGUACGAACCUAAUGCAGAAAACCACCUUCCCUUAUCUGCAUUGAUUGCAAGAAGAUGUUCAGUGAUAACCACGUUGAUCACGUCUCUUGUUUGAGUGAAAAGCAAUUGUAUUGGGGACCCUAUGCCAAUGUAUUAAUCUCAUCAAAGUCUUAGGGCAAAAAGCCUCAAUAAUAGCAAAACCCAUAGAAGCCAUAGAAGGACACUACAAAGCAGAAGGAGCAAGAAGCUACGAAAGAAAUAGAACCCAAGGAGGAAUGGAAAGGGUGGAGAAAGUCAAUCGAUGAAUUCAUAAAAUAAAAUUAGUUGGAAGAAGUCCGAUUAAAUGAGGUGAAGGAAAAACUAGUUUAAAGAUUUUAAUCGCUUUUCCCAGAAUACGAAAAAGAGUAGGCUGAACAAUUGUUUGAUGAAGCAAUUAAAUAGAGUAAUAAAUAUUAAGUUGAGUAUGUGGGGUUCAUUGUUAAGAAAGUAAAAUAAGAAUGA